GAUGGCCGGAGCUGGUGAUCCAAAAUGGCAAAAAGAUGCUUCCGAUCAGAAUUUCGAUUAUAUGUUCAAAUUGUUGAUAAUUGGCAAUUCGAGUGUGGGCAAAACAAGUUUCCUCUUCCGCUAUGCCGAUGACAGUUUUACAUCUGCCUUUGUGUCAACGGUUGGCAUUGAUUUCAAAGUGAAAACAGUGUUUCGGCAUGACAAGCGGGUUAAGCUGCAGAUAUGGGACACCGCUGGCCAAGAACGUUAUAGAACAAUAACAACAGCAUAUUAUCGUGGCGCCAUGGGUUUCAUUUUGAUGUAUGAUGUCACAAAUGAAGACAGUUUUAAUUCCGUACAAGAUUGGGUAACUCAAAUCAAAACCUAUUCAUGGGAUAACGCACAAGUCAUAUUGGUGGGCAACAAAUGCGACAUGGAAGACCAGCGAGUAAUUUCAUUUGAACGCGGUCGACAAUUGGCCGAUCAAUUGGGAGUGGAAUUUUUCGAAACAUCGGCCAAGGAAAAUGUGAAUGUUAAG